GCUGGCCCAUGGCUGCACUGUUAGCGAUAAGCCUCUACAGCUGUCAUUCCGCAAGUCACCCCGCCAUGCGAGGGUAAAGAAUCAAAGUACCCCUCGUAUCACUUUUCCUCCAUCUCUAUGAUUUCGCAGAGAUUUCCUCACGCUGUCUCGUCGUCUUUCUCUAUGCCUCUGUCGCCUGUUCUCAUCUCUCUGCCGUUAUCUGCAACUUCUCAUCAUCCAUCUCCGUCUUCGCAUUUUCAACCAACUUCCACCUUUGAUAUACCACCAACUUCUUCUCCCGGUCUCUCGCCAGCCUCGGAAGUUUACCAAUCGUUAACUUCCGACUUUGAUCAUCUCUCUUCGCCUUUCUCCAUUCUACAAAUCUCAGCUCCUUGUGUCACUCAAUACGCCAUGUUCCGACCCAGAGGAAACGCUGGGCAGGCUAGGGUUCCUGAAGCACCAGCCACAGAAGAUAUUCAUCAGCCAAGCUUCCACUCCGCAAGAAACGGUGUAGAGCUCAAUAGCUCUACUACGCCAACAUCUAGAGCCACUCAGCGGACCAUGUUUCACCCUGUAGCAUCAGCCUCUCGGCUUGCUCAUCAAGACAUGCUUCAACCCGUCUCUCAGUCAACGAACCAUGCUGGGACAGACCACACACUUUCUACACAAUCAUUCCACAGACCACCGCGAUUCUUAGUAUCAGCGAGAGGAAACCAGGAGCCAAUAAAUGCUUCUGCCGCAUCGACGUCUCGUCUCACAAGACCUGGGGCCCGACUUAUUGAGAACAUUGAAUCCGACGGCACACCUCCUCUGCCGGUGAAUGCUUCUGCUGCAUCGAUGUCUCAUAUCACACGACCUAGAGCUCGACUUGUUGAUAGCAUUGACUCCGACGAUACACCUCCUGGAGCUCGACCUUUUGAUAACACUGAGCCCAAUGACACACCUUCUCUGCUGGCUCAUGUUUCUGCCGUGCUGACGUCUCAUACCAUAAGACCUGCAUCUCGACUCGCUGAUAGCAUUGAAUCCGACGGAACACCUCCUCUGCGGGCGAAUGCUUCUACCACAUCGACAUCUCGCAGCAUAAGACCUGGAGCUCGACACGUUGAUAGCAUUGAAUCUGACAGCACGUCUCCUCUGCCGACGAGUGCUUCUACCACAUCAACAUCGCGUAUCAUAAGACCCGCCUCUCCAAUCCUUCAGAGCAUUGAGUCCGACGCUCCGCCUCCUCUACCAAUAUCUCGCAAGACCCGGCGGCCCAUGCUCCAGCUUUUAAGAGACGCUGGUCCAGCUAAUCCUGAGCCCAUAAACAUCUCCAACUCAACGGGUCGCGGCCCUCGGCCAUUACCGUUGCCAGAUAAGACAGAGACUGGGCGACCUCCUGCGCCAACCACAUCAACAUCUCGUGCGACUUAUCAGACCGUACCUCAGACCGUGAGUAACGCUGGGCCUAGUCGUAUGCCUACCGCAUCGACAUCGCGAAUAGCUCAGCAACCCACGCUUCAGCCUACGAGAAAUGCUAUGCCAGGUCAUACUUCCACUACCUCGGCGUCAAGGACAGCUGUACAAUCCACAAUUCAGCCUAUGAGAAACGUUAUGCCAGCUCACUCCUCCAGUGCCUCAUCGUCAAGGAUAGCUACACAACCUACGAUUCAACCCCCAAGAACUUUGCCGACUCAGAAUCCCUCUGCCUCGUCAUCUCGUACCUCUCAACGUCCUGCGUUCCGCCCCUUGAAAACAACCGCGGCGCCAGCAAACACUCCUACUCCAUCAACUUCUUCUUCCAUCCUCGAGUUCAUUUGUCUAUACUCACAUGACCUACGCCGCAAGAAAAAGAGAUGGCAAGACGGCAAGCUCAAGUUCCACACCUUUAACAAAAAGUACGUAGUGUAUGACGAUGGCGGAGGCUUCGUUGGCGAUGGACAUUGGCAAGGAGAUGAGAACGAAUUCACAGAGGGCGUCGAAAUGAAUCUUGAUCGAGGCAUGGUCAUUGUACAAGUCUUAGAGUGCACGGGUUCCAAGGAGCAGGAUCUGGGGGAGGUUCUGGGAAAGAGGGCGAGGGAGGUAGAGGAGAGGCGUAUAAAUGCUGCAACCAAGAACCCAGCAUCAACAGCUUCGUCAAACCCGGCGAAGAGGAGCAGAGUAAUCGCGGCGGCGGUGGUGCAGCCGGCCCCGGCCCCCGGCCACGUUGUCGCUGCUGCCGCCGUCACCACCGCCAUCACCGCCGCCACCACCGCGAUUCCUCUUCCCAUGGGCGGAGGGGCAUGGAGCAAACAUGCCGUGGAUUUGCUGGGUAUGACCCGGCCAAGUAGAUAAUUUUUUUUUCUUGUUUAAUAUUUAAUGAGACAUGACUGAGACGUAACGAG